UCAUCAACCUGCGACCGUGUGGCGUCAACACAAACAGAAACUAAUAGCAGAGCUAGUAAAGUGAAGUGCUGUAACUGAUGUUGACACUUCGAACUGAAUGAGGUGCGACCUUCUUCUAGUGCUGUUUUGUAAGUGCUGCUGCCGGGAUGGGCCAGCAGAUCUCAGGUCAGGCGGUGUUGACCCGUCUGCCUGAGAAGUUGGUGAAACACCUCGGACUGGUACGUGACAGUGGCUACCUCACCUACGAGGAGUUUCUGGCUCGAGUGGCCGAACUCAAUGAUGUUACGGCCAAGCUGGCUGCUGGACAGCAGAAGCACCUGCUGUUUGAGGUGCAGCCAGGAUCCGAUGCUUCAGCCUUGUGGAAGGUGGCUGUCAGGAUCGUCUGUACCAAGAUUAACAAGGAGAACGCAAUGGUGGAAGCAUCUCGCAUCAUGAACCUGUACCAGUUCACCCAGCUGUACCGUGACAUCACCAGUCAGGCUGCUGAGGUGCUGUCUGUAGAAGGCGCCACUGAGGGCCCUUCUGCCCAACUCCCCUCAACAGACUCCUGCCAGGCCAGUAUGUGGAUGGGCAGAGUGAAGCAGCUGACAGAUGAGGAGGAGUGCUGUAUCUGCAUGGACGGGAAGGCUGAUCUUAUUCUGCCCUGUGCACACAGCUUCUGUCAGAAGUGCAUUGAUAAAUGGAGUGGCCAGAGCCGAAACUGUCCGAUAUGUCGCCUGCAAGUCACUGCCGCCAAUGAAUCAUGGGUAAUGCCAGAUUUCCCCACAGAGGACGACAUAGCGGGCUAUAUCCUCAACUUGGCUGAUGAGGCAGGGCAUCCACACAUACCUUAACAUACAGCACACUGAGCCAUUUACAUAUUUGAUGAGUGAAAUGGGAUCUGUUCCAAGUAGACUGUGUAACACACAAUUUGAUUUUUCACUUCGCUUUUUUUCUUCCUAAAAAGCUAUUUCUUGUUUCUAGUGACAGUUUUGAAACAUGAAACCAGUAAUGCUUUAUUUUACAGGUCGCAUCUUUUCAAGCGGAGUUAUUCAAAAACCUCUCUUUAGGGUUGGAGUUAUGUGGGAGUUGAGCUCCCAUGAAAGCAGUAAAUCGGUAGGAGGCAUCGAAGAAGUCAGUUUAAUCAUAAAUAAUGCAGUUUUCAUUCUGACGAGUAUUUUUUUUUAUUAUUUAAACUAGACAAAUGUGUCUUCUGUGAAUGGCAGUGACAAUUACUGCUGUUAAUCACCAAGUAACUGAGGCUACUAGGGUCAUACAAGGUACUUAAUAAGUGUCGGAUUCACUACCAACCCGCACAAAAAAUGGCCUUUGCUGUUAAUGAUAGUGAACGAGAAACUCUAAAACUCUAAAAAUAUGAGGAAAAGUAAACUAUUACCUGGAACACAUGGGCUUGUAAAAUAAAGGUUUAGCAUAAAACUCUGUCUCUUUAGCCCUAAAAAAAAAAAAUCCCAGGAUGCUUUUUGUAACAUAUGUAUUGUAGAUGUGGUGAUUUAUGGGAACUGUGUGUGAUAAUACAGUGAGUUGUCUGAAGUAAAACCUCUGUGUUUGUAUUAAGCUAUACUUAUUCACAGUCUCUUAAUUUAACACACAAUAACCAAAAGUACAACUUUUACAGUACUUUUAACUGACAUGGCAAAGUUAAGGGUUAAGACCAACCAGGUACUUUAAAAUAUGAAACCUGAUCUGUUGCCUUUCAUAUUAAUAUGAAUGGGACAGAAGAUGUGAAUCAAUAUCAGCACUUGUGCUCGUAGUGGACUGACAAAGAUAACUCCGAGAUGCACAUUUUACCCAUAAAACAGCAAAUGUUUAUAUUUUGAUUUUCUUCAGAUGCAUCAGUUAGUGAUAUUUAAAGAUGGGAUCUUCUGUACAAAUGACUAUUUUUUUUUUUUUUUUUUUUAAAUCCUCCUAAUAUAAAGCAAAUAACCACAUUUGUCAAGAAAUCUAAGACAGCUAACCCACCUUGUUUUUUCUUUUUAAUAUCCGGUCAAACCCCACAUGCCAUGUGAAUUUUGUUAUGAGUGAACUGUCAGUCUGAUCCACUUCUGACCUGAUGUUGUAUCAGGUCAGAAUUAUAUCUAUUAUAUGGAUAAUGUUUGGUGUAUAGGACUUAUUAGUUUUAUAUCACGUAGCUUGCUGUGGUUUCCUUUUUUUUAUUGUUGGAAAUAACCACUAUUUGUCAUCUAUGCUGUGUGUUUUCUCUUCAUCCAAAUAUGGUAGACGUACUGUAGUUCAUACACAUUCUCGUCUUUGCUGUGCUUUCUCAUUUAUGAGGAUCGGCAGCUUUUCACUAACUGCUGACCUGUCGGAAAUCACAUAUGCAGAACUUUAAGCCACAGAAAUGGUUUUAUUUUAAGGAAGUAUUUCUGUGCACAUAUCUUGAUCAAAUAAAUCACAGGAGGCACUUUUGUUUUAAGUGGACAUGGUUGUGAUUUAUAUCAAGUAUUUCAAGAAAUGCAAAUAUAUAUAUUUUAACCAUAUUUUAAUUGAACAUUUCUGUCUAAAAUGCUUUAUUAAAGAUAUAUGUAGAUAUAUAAAUUGUUAAUUAUGUAUAUUAUGUCUUUCCCAGCAUUAAUCUGCUUGUCUCUUUGCAUGUCUGUGUGUGUGUGUGUGUGUGUGUGUGUGUGUGUGUGUGUGGGCACCACAACUUCAAACAUUAAGGACUGAUUUUGUUUUUUUUCUGGAAUAGGAGGAAGUAGAUAAAUUGUGCCAUGGGAAACUGAGCAACCUUGGCUGAGGCCUGUGAUCCGAGUGCUUUCUCUUGCGUUUGUUGUACAUCGUACAACUGUGUAUGUACAGUGAUUACAUUUAAAGCUUUUUUUUGUCUGUUUGAAACAUUUAUUGAAGAGUGAUGCAGUAGACUUUUACUCUUGUUAAGACCAUUAAAGUGAUUUCCUUUUGUACCAAAAGUCAUUUUUGGUUGUUGAUGCUGAUAAUUUGCACUUUAAAAACUCACUGUAGCUUUCUUGGUGUUUGUGCACCACAAAAACUGUCAAGAAAGAAAAUGUCAUCUUACAAUUAAAUCCAAAAAUGUUAUAGUACAACUACAGCUAAAAAUAGAACAAAACACAUGUGAUCCUGUUACUGUACAUUCAAUUAAUGAAUUAAUGUAACAAAUGUGCCCUGGAACUGCUGUGUAAUGUCAUGUUGAAACCUUAAGGUGGAAGCAUUUUCGUCAUAUUUCCUGAUAUGAUGAGUCUGAAAGCAUUCACUUUGCAUAAAUGAAUGGAAGGUAUUUGAAUUUAUUCCUACUGUAUUAUCUUAAAUAAAGAAUGAUUUACUAUUUGCACUGGUAA